AUGGAGCCUUCAAUACGUCAAGCAGCUUCUAGUGCAUGCCGGAGGUGCUCGAGGACCUCGUUGACCACGGCGUCGCAGCCGCGCAUAGCGAGACCCUUCUCCCAAGCCGCAUCAGCCCACGCAAUAUCGAGGCCACGCCAACCCAAGUCUAUUUUCCGGACGAGAGCCGCUGCCCAGCCGGCGCAGACAGCACACGAUGCAAGAAGAGCGAUCUCAUUAUUCGGUCAGCAGACAAAGUCAGCCGAAACCUCCUCUGUCCAAUUCGGUGCGGCAACGCCAGCCAAUGAGCCUCCGCGACCACCGGUGCUCCAACCCGACGACCUUUUCCACCCCUACUCGACGUCGCCGAUUCCUGAGAUCCGGCAGCGUACUGCUUUCAUCAGACAGCAUGCGCAUUGCCCGCACCCAGACCACCGUCCCACACGAAUGCCCGCGAAUCCCAAUGCGUUGCCUGCUGCUCAAAGUUCGGGUAACCAAGCUCCUGCUCAUGUCAAUUUCGAAUGCCCAGACUGUGGUAUCCCAGUAUAUUGCAGCGAACGACACUGGGCAGAGGACUACGAAGCCCAUCUGCAGGUUUGCGACACUUUGAGGCAAAUCAAUGAGGAUGACCAUGAUCUUCGGUCCGGAAGGUUCUUCCCCGAAUUCGAGUACGCGGGACCGCAAAUGGAAGAAGCCGCGAUCAAUAUGACAAAUUGGGAUACCUUUCUCUACACCAGGCAAUUUGAAGCCAUCAAUUCAGACCGGAGCAUGCGGCAGGUCACUCGACUAUUGACCUACCCAUUGACGAUCGGCAGCAUUCUCCAUGAACUCAGUCCAUACAACAUCAGGAAAGGUGGCAGACUCACAGCUGAAGGCCUCAAGAGCUUGAGUGCUUUGCGGUAUACCCUGCAUCCACCUCGAACUGGUGGUGGUAUCGAUAUCAAGGGCUUGCGGCCCGAGGCACCACCCGUCAGGAUAUUCAUCCUGGGUGCUCGCGCUGAAUCGUCCCUUCCGAGGAAUGUCUGGGUUCAGCUGGCUCACCUCUUCCCCAGGGGAAAGUUCCAUCUAGUCUUCAUUGGUCCCGAGAGCAUGGCUAAUCGAGACGACGAAUUCCCGUUACCGCCGCGAACCUCAUCAAACCCAUUCGGUGCUAUCGUAGAAGACCGGGUAUGGCCGACGAUGAAGAUUAGCACCAUUGUUGACUACUACCACACUCUGCACAAGACCGGCCAGUUUUACCCAUAUGAUCCUUAUUUCGAUAUGUUCGUUUUGUUUCAUCCGGGCAUGGGACACCCAGCGAGCUCUCAUGAGUGGGCCGAGACGGUACCGCUUCUGCUCGAGACUAAGGCUCCUAUCUUAGUCACGGGCUAUACUCAGUAUGAUAUGGAAAGGGACAUCGAGUGGGUCAACAAGACGUGCCGUGGCGAGUUCGACAUGCUUGUGGAGCCGGGUGAGAAUACUUUCAGAAGUCUUCGAUGGGAUCUCAACGACCUUGACCCGCAAGACGUCUCUUGCGGCAAUUGGGGAGUAUGGGGCUUCCGAGGAAAGAGGUAUGAAGCAACACACAAAGGCGACGAAUAA